AGUUUGUCCAAUGAGUGACCGAAGUGGGCGGGACUAUGUGGAUACUGAGCGUCGUGAGCAGCACGCACAGCUCAUUCUACCAUUGCGUAGAGCAAGAAGGUUCUGGAGAGCUUCUCCCCGGAGAUCUGAUACCCCCCUUCUGAUCGGCUGCAUCGCUCAGCACUUCCCAGGUCUAAUCUGUCUUUCCCGUUGUGUCGUGUUACAUUCUUUGGAUCACGACCCAAACCAUCUCCAGGAUCUCCGCUGUCAACCCUUCACUGCGUCGCUGGACGACUAGCGUUGUGUUUAUGUCUUUAUUUUACGGAAACGAGCUGUUGCACAGCUGUUGGAACGCAAGCGGGGGAAACCUAGUCCAGGAGCAAAGAGUUUGCAGCCACUGUGGCAAGAUCUUUUUCAUGUCAGAGACCGAGCACACUUGCAGUUGUUUAUGUCAUCCCCUCUUCUCCAGACAGAAGAUACCCAAAAAGUCCCAUUCGAGAUCUUUUUAUCUUGCUGAUAGUGCCUCAGAUCACUCAAAAUGUCUGUCAACGUCAACCGCAAUGUGUCGGAUCAGUUCUACCGCUACAAGAUGCCCCGUUUGAUUGCCAAGGUGGAAGGCAAAGGGAAUGGAAUCAAGACGGUCAUUGUCAACAUGGUUGAUGUUGCAAAGGCACUGAAUAGGCCUCCAACAUAUCCAACUAAGUAUUUCGGCUGCGAGUUGGGGGCGCAGACUCAGUUUGACGCAAAGAAUGACCGCUACAUCGUAAACGGAUCUCAUGAAGCCAACAAACUGCAGGAUAUGCUGGAUGGUUUCAUUCGCAAGUUUGUGCUGUGCUCAGAGUGUGACAAUCCCGAGACUGACCUAAAUAUUAAUCCAAAGAAGCAGACUAUCGGAAGCGCUUGCAAGGCCUGUGGUUAUCGGGGAAUGCUGGACACUCGGCACAAGCUCUGCACAUUCAUCCUCAAAAACCCACCUGAGAGUGAUAGCACCUGUGUGAAAGAGAAGAAAGAGAAGAAAAACAGAAAGAAGGAUAAGGAGAAUGGCUCGGGAAGUGGUGAGGCUGGGAACCAUAACGACGUAGAUGCACCAGAUGCUGUGGACGGUGAGGAAGAAGACGAUGACUGGGCAGAGGAAACCACAGAGGAGGCUCAGCGUCGGCGCAUGGAGGAGAUCAGCGACCAUGCCAAGAACCUGACCCUUAGUGAGGACCUGGAAAAAACCUUAGAAGAGAGAGUGAACAUGUUCUACAACUUUGUCAAGCAAAAGAAGGAGAGUGAAGCGAUAGACUCAGCCGAUAAGGAAAUUCUGGCUGAAGCGGACAGGCUGGAUGUGAGAGCCAUGGGGCCACUCAUCUUGAGUGAACUGCUCUUCAACGAGAACAUCAGAGACCAGAUCAAAAAAUACAAACGCCACUUCCUACGAUUCUGCCACAAUGAUAAGAAAGCUCAGAAGUAUCUGCUGGGAGGCUUUGAGUGUCUGGUGAAGCUUCAUCAAGGUCAACUGCUGCCACGAGUGCCCAUCAUUCUCAAAGACUUCUAUGAUGCUGAUCUGUUGGAGGAGGAUGUCAUCUUUGCAUGGGCAGAGAAGGUAUCCAAGAAGUAUGUUUCCAAGGAGCUGGCCAAAGAGAUCCAUGCUAAGGCAGCUCCCUUUGUCAAAUGGCUGAAGGAGGCAGAGGAAGAAAGUGAGGGUAGCGAGGAAGAUGAAGAGGAAGAUGAUGAAAAUGUUGAGGUUGUGUACUCUUCCUCAGCACAAGAGCUGAAGGUGGAGACCAUUCAGCCAGAGAAAGCAGAGGAGGAGGAUGACCUUGACAUAGAUGCCAUUUAACUAAAUGACAAAUGAAAAGAUGGCAGCAGCCAUCCAGAUCCUUGCUACUUCCUGAUUAAAUAGUGAUAAAAUGGAUAACAGUGGCCUCCUGUUAAGCACCAGUCUUUUUUUUUUUUUUUUUCACUUCUUAGUAUACCUGCUUUACAAGAAUGAUUUUAAUAUAGCGCUUUCAUUGACUUGCUGCUGAAGUAUUAAGAACUUUUGAGCUUUAUCAUCUAUAUUGAGCUGUUUUGUUGUAUAGUGAGCUUGACUUUGAUUCAUGGAUUUGCAUAUACUGUAUGUUACUUUUUUUUUUGAAAUCAUAAAAUUAAAGUUUUUGCUAUACAUCA